AUGGCUUCUCAAAAAGGCCACGUGGUUGAAUUCACACCACCUCAUCACUCGGAUCUCCAACCUAUCGAACUUGUGUGGGCGAUAGUAAAAGGCGAAGUAGGCCGUCAGUACACAACCACAACAACCUUUCCGGCCGUUCUUACUCGGCUCAAACGUGCUUUCAACAACUUGUCUGAGUCUGCCAUUCGAGGCUGCAUGAACGCGGCUGAAGAAAAAGUGCAUCAACUUCACACAAUCUACAUGCCGUUGAAAGCAAUGCUGAAACUUGCGACUCAUCAGACUACGACAGUGAAAGUACUGCAGAGGACGACUAAUUGA